AUGCUUAGCGAUGCCAGCUCAGACCCAGAAAUCCGUCGUCAUACCGGAGUGGGAUUGAGUCGUCAGACCUUGCUGUACGAGCUUGCAAGCAAAAAACUCAGAUUGGGCAACCUCAGGGGGACAUGGAAUGAUGAUCACGAGGUAGUGAAGACUGCAGUGGCAGUAGAUGGAAAUUCACUUCAGCAUGCCAGCAAGAGGCUUCAGAGCGAUGGGGAAAUCGUCAGGAUAGCAGCCACAAACUGGUGGAGCGGUCUCUCUUGGGCUGAUGAAGCUCUACGGGGCGACCGCGAGCUAGUUUUGGAGGCUGCCGUGGCCCAGGACGGCAGGCUCUUGGAGUACGCCAGCCUUCGGCUGAAAGCUGACUAUGAGAUUGUGAUGAAGGCGGUGUCAAGCCACGGCUGUGGACUCAAGCAUGCGAGCAAAGCCCUGCAGAGCAAUCGCGAAAUUGUCCUGGCGGCAGUGACUUCUCAAGGGGAUGCUCUGAAGUAUGCGAGCGCAGAUCUUCAGAACGAUCGUGGGAUCGUGGAGACUGCCAUACGCAGUAGCGGGCGCGCCCUUCAGCAUGCCAGUCAAGAGCUCCGUGCAGACAGCGCCGUUGUGAAAGCAGCGGUUGACCAGUGCUGGUUUGCCUUCGAGUAUGCAGACCAGACAUUGUUGAGCAACCGUGAAGUGGUUGCUCAUGCAGUACACCGGAGCUACAGCAACUUCACGAGCGCUAGUGCGGAGCUGAAGCGAGACCCAGAGGUCAUACUUUCCAUGCUGACGUCGGAGCAUGCUUGGAGCCACGUGCUCUCGUACAUUGCAGAAGACAUCCUGGAGAGCAAUCGUGAGAUUGCAAUGGCGGCUGUCAUGAUGGAUGCAAGCUCCAUGUUCCGCCUGCGAGCGUAUAGCAACGAUCGGGAGAUUGCCCUGGCAGCCCUCACAAAGAGUCGCCGGCCAUGCUGGCGGUCACUCAGUCACUCCAACUUCAUGACGGAUGACCGUGAGAUCGUCGCUGCAGCCGUUGCGCUAAGCUGGGAGGCUUUGAAGCAUGCCGGCUCACAGUUCCGGAACGAUUCCGAGCUCGCUUCGGCUGCCGUGGCGCAGUCGUGGCAUGCACUUCAGCAUGUGAGACACUGA